UCAACUGUCAGAUGGUCGUGGAUUUCCUCGUGUUUUUCGAACAAUACUUUGACAGAUAAAAUUAUUGUUUAAUGUAACAAUUAAAUAAAGUGUAAAAAGAAAAAUAAAAUCAAGAACAAUCUGAUUGUAAUUUAAAUUUUGCGUAGAAAAAACAAUUUUUUUACUCGGUCGGAUAAAACAAAAAGAAAUCCAAACAUUUACAGUAAUGGCAAGAAGCAAGAAUAAACGUCAAAGAAAAAAAUCAAAGUUUGACAUUUGGACGGCGCCGCCAAAAUAAAAAAAUAUUUAAUAAUACCAGUAAAUAAACGAGAGAAAAAAACUAUGUCAGGAUUAGAAGAAAUUUGGAAUCAAUCGUGUGAAAAUCAAAAUAUUCCACAAGAACUCGCAAAAACUUGGCUGAACAACGUUAAAACAAAAUAUAGCACUGAAUCGCAUCGAAUCUACCAUAAUCUAAAUGUUUUAAAUAAAAAGUGUGAUUUGCUACGGGCAUUCGGUCAAUCCGUUCAGUAUUCCGACUAUUUAGCAUUUGCAAUAGUUUUCCAGUAUUAUAACUUUGAUCUGAAAACUGAUUGUAGUGGAACAAAUUGUGCGGCAUUCCGUGAAUUUUACAAUGCAGCAAACAUUGACAAUAUAAAACUCCUUGAUUCGGUAUGUUAUUUGUUGGGCGAUUCAAGUAAAACGUUCUCCGGAAAUGCGGAAGAUAUUUUACUGUAUCAGGAUUUGGAUUUGAUUGUUUUGGGUUCGUCAUCAAGUGAAUAUAAAGAAUAUCAACAGGCAACACAAAGUGAAUAUUCUCAUUUGGAUGAAACGACAUACAAAAAAACACGACUGAGAAUUUUAGAAACAUUUUUACAAAUCCCACAAAUAUAUUCGGUCUCAUGUAUUGGUGAACGAUUCGAAGUUUCGGCACGAGCAAAUAUCAAACAGGAGAUAGCAGAAUUGAAAAAUUGAGUCUUUGUGUAGUAUAACGGUGCGAGCACUGCAAAUCGUCACCGGUUUGGACAAAACACGUGCAGUUGUUGCUUGUUCUUUCAUGAAGUAGUAUUGUUUGAUUAUUUGAUUCUAUAUUCUGUGUGUUCAUUAAAUUCAAAUCAAAUUAAAGAUGUAAAACAUUCUUUGUAUCUCUUGCAUCUCGAAAAAAAAAUAUAUAUUUAAUUGCGUGUGAUGAAUAAAAAUUUCUACAAGAA